UCAAUGGAGAAUAAUACAGAAGUUAUUGAGUUCAUCCUGCUAGGACUAACCAAUGUCCCAGAGCUGCAGGUUCCAUUCUUUGUCAUGUUCACUCUCAUAUAUCUCAUCAAUGUGAUUGGAAACCUGGGGAUGAUUAUGUUGAUAUCGCUGGACUCUCGUCUCCACACACCCAUGUACUUUUUGCUCAGUAACUUGUCGCUGGUCGACCUUUGUUACUCCUCAGCUGUCACUCCCACAGUAUUGACUGGGCUCCUUAUAGGAGACAAUAUCAUCUCCUAUAAUGCAUGUGCUACUCAAAUGUUCUUUUUUGCAGUGUUUGCCACCGUGGAAAAUUUCCUGUUGGCCUCUAUGGCCUAUGACCGCUACGUAGCAGUGUGCAAGCCCCUCCAUUACACCACCACCAUGACAACAGGUAUGUGUACCUGUCUGACAAUAGGUCCCUAUGUUGAUGGCUUACUGAACGCUGCCAUCCACAUUGGAGAGACCUUCAGUUUCUCCUUCUGCAUGUCCAAUGUUGUCCAUCACUUUUUCUGCGAUGUUCCAGUGGUCAUGGUUCUCUCCUGCUCUGACAGACAUCUGAAUGAGAUGGUCCUUGUUUUUGUAGCAACAUUCAACAUCUUUUUUUCUCUUUCGGUUAUCUUAAUUUCUUACCUAUUCAUUUUUGUCACCAUCUUUAAAAUGCACUCAGUUGAAGGAUACCAGAAGACGUUAUCCACCUGCGCUUCCCACCUCACUGCAGUCUCCAUUUUUUACGGGACAGUCAUCUUCAUGUACCUGCAGCCAAGCUCCAGUCACUCAAUGGAAACAGACAAAACAGCAUCGGUGUUCUAUACUAUGAUCAUCCCCAUGCUCAACCCUUUAGUCUACAGCCUGAGGAACAAGGAAGUCAAGAAGGUAUUAAAAAAAGUAAUGGAGAAGGCCAACUUGUUUCGUGGCAUAUGA